UCUGCCUCCUCAGUGUACGCGUCGCCAUGGCGACCGCGCCCUGGGUAACGUUCUGCGCUGGGGGCGCGAGCAGAGAGCUGCAGGGAAGGUUCGAAUGGAACGUGCCGGAGCAGAGCCCCGGGGAACAUGAGCAGCAACAGCCUCAGCAGCAGCGAUGGCAGCUCGCGCGCGGGGUCCGCCUGCCCCCGGCUCAUUGACGUGACCAGCAACGCGGCGCUGCUGCUCACCCCCUGCGCCGCGGCUGCAGCGCCCCCCGCCGCUGAGGUCCAAGAUCAACUCACCAUGAUGAAGAGACAAGUGGAAGAGAGAGCGAAUUUAACUGCUAUCUGUAGUGUUGGAAGAAACAAAGGAAGAACAGAGAAACAAAAGGGAGCUUAUGAUCACAUUCUUCUGGAUAUACCUGUCACUCGAGAACAGACAAAUCACUAUCGGGCUGUGGCUGAAACUGCCCGUAGUGAACUUGCAGCACUUCUGGUAAAGUAUGAAUGUGCCCAGUCAGAGCUUCUAGAUCUCAGAUCCAAAAUGGUCUCUAAAGAAGUCUCAUUGCAAGAGCUGAAGGCUGAAGUGGAAAGCUACAAGGAAAACAAUGCUAGACAAUCCUCUCUACUCCUCUCUUUGCAAAAUCGAGUUCAGGAGAUGGAGGAGGAAUCAGGUGUGCUUGCCACUUCCAAAAAACAGACAGACCUAACAGCACAUGUUUUGCUCCAGGAGAAUUGGGAGUUGAAGGAGAAGAUCCAUAACCAAGAAGCCAAACUGAACAAAUAUUUGGAUGAGUGUGAAGAAAGCAAGAAUCAAGCUUCUAAGAUCAGCUGGAAGCAUGGUGAAUUCUUAACACAGCUUUCUGGAUUCCUGGACGUAGACAUCAGAGGAAAAGAGGAACCACACAAACAUUUAAUUUCAAAGGUCAAUCAGAUGCAUAAAGAAAAUACAAUGCUAAAAGGGCAGAUUGCCACUCUUGCAGAGGCUAUCAAUGUUCAUGAGAUAGAGUCAAAAGCUAGCAGAGAAACCAUCAUGAGGCUUGUUUCGGAAGUCAGCAAAGAGCAGAAAAAGGCCGUAGCCUACUCCCAAGACACGGACAAGCUUAGCAAGGAUCUGGACAGUGCUUUAACAGCCAAACAGAGUCUAGAGAAGGAGAUCAGAAGCCUCCAAGAUCAGCUGGCUGCUAGCCAGAGGGCUUGGGAAGCCUCAAAGCAGGAAUUGCACCACCUGAAGAGAUGUUCCAGUGAGAUGGAUGGGAGUCUGAAAAGCAGCAUAGACGAGGCCAGGACUGCUCAGAGUCUGCUGAGUGCUUUUAAAGAGCAAGUUGCUACCCUUCUUAGCAACAGUUCUGUAAUAGUUAAACCCUCUGAGGAGGCUAUUAUGGAGCGAGUUCGAGAACUUGGCCACAGGGAAGAGAGCAAAAAGAUAAUGGUGUCCCAGCUUGAAGCCCAAAUAGCCAAACUGACUGAGCAGCUGGAGAAUCAGACCAGAUUGCACCAGGAGGCUCUGCAAAAGGCCAGGAAAGCAGAAAAACAAUUUGAGACACUCCAGGAUCAAUUGAUGCGUCUGGAUGGGGAGUUGGUGUCUGGAGACAUGAUGCGAGAUGAUUUGAAGCUUGAGAAACAAAAAUAUCUUAAAUUUCUGGAACAACUUUCUGAUAAAAUGAAGCUGGACAGUGUUGCAUCUGAGAUUGGGCUCGAUAUGAGUCUGGAUGCGAUUCUGGCCCGUGCAGAGCAGUUGGUCAAACUGGAAAGUGAUGCAGUGAUUGAAAACAAGACUAUGGCACACAACCUACAAAGGAAGUUGAAAGCUCAGAAAGAAAAGCUUGAGAGCAAAGAGCUGCAUAUGAACCUUCUGCGGCAGAAAAUAUCCCAGCUGGAAGAGGAAAAGCAAGUGCGAACGGCCCUCGCUGUGGAGAGAGAUGAGGCCAACCUCACCAUCAGAAAGUUACAGAAGAAGGUGGAGAGGUUACAGAAGGAGCUGGGCCUGGCAAGAGACUUGAACACUGAUCUCAAAGCCAAACUGUCUGACACCAAUGAACUGAAAGUCAAAACUCUAGAACAGACUAGAACCAUUGAGGAACUAAACAAGUCUCAAGGCAAGCUGGAAAAGAUGAAGGAGAAGGCUGAGAAGCAGCUGAUCUGUGUCAAAUCAGAGCUACAGUUUACAGAGCAUGAAGCUAAGGAGGAUAAAGAAAGGGCCAGGAGUAUGCUAGAAGCAGUUACCAGUGAACUGAAAGCGCUUAAAACAACCCUGGCAGAGGUAUCAAAAAGAGAAAGGCAGCUGGCAGAGUUCCGUGAGGUGGUCUCGCAUAUGUUGGGCCUUAGUGUUACCAGCCUUGCGCUCCCUGACUAUGAAAUCAUCACACGUCUUGAGGGGUUGAUCCAUUCUCAUCAGCACCAUUUUGUUCCCUGUGUCUGCCUCAAAGAUGUGGCAGUGAGGCAAGAUGGACACUCGCAAAGCCACUUACAGCUUCUUCACUGAACAGUGCCUCUUUGAGAGACAGCCGGACAGAACUCAGCUGGCUCUUAUGCUGAUGUUCAUUUUCAACACUGAGUCCUGAGGGGAUUGUGGGUGAUUUGAGCAAAUAUUCCUAUAACCAUCUCUCUCUCUAAAUGUACAUAUGGAGUGAAAUCAUGGCCCCAUUGAAGUCAAGAGGAGGUUAGCAAUUGCCUUCAGUAGAGCUAGGAUUUCACCCACUGUACCGGCAGUGAAACAAAAUACAGAAAAGGAUCCAACCUAAAUUUUAAUUUCGUGCACUCUAGACACAGAAGUAUUUUUAAUAAGCAAUAUUUUUAAUACAGCUAAUAGGUGUCUGUUUCCCUGUCCAGGAACAAACAUAUGUAAUUCCUCCUACUGUUAAUGACAGUUAACUGUACAAUUUCACAUAGGUUGAUAAGAGGCCACCCAAUAUAAAGCUUGUAUGUAAUCAAGCUUUAAACUAUAAACCUGCCUCUGCUGCAUGGUUCAUAGGACAGCCAGAUUGUUGGGCAGAUAAGAGAGGUAGCUAUUCAGUUACAUCCCCCAACCAACACAUACUUUGCUCUCAUCAUUGUUAGCCCCUAUGCGCCCACUGUAGUUGAGCUUUAGCAGCUUAAUUGGGUGGUGGAAAGCCAGAGGAUAUGAAGUUAGGAAGCAGCAUGCUCUCACCUCAGAGCAGUGUAAGUUGUGAUGCAACACACGUAAUUGCAACAAGUUCCCUUUUGCAUAAUUAACAUACUGUAGAGGGGUUAGGUAGGAGCAUGUGGAUGGCACAAAACUAGCCAAUAUCCAUGCAGUAGUAUGGGAGCCCUGGUAUGGCCAAGAUCGACUCACAAUUAUGCAAUGUUCUUUCUAAUGGAUCUUGACUGCUACAAAAAUCAAGGAGGGGAACAGACCCUCUGGCCUUUUAGUUUUUCCUUCAGCUAAGAAUGAUACCGUGGAAUUGAGGUUGCCCAGCUUCUACUUUCAAAAUCAGAGCUCCCCUUCUGGGCAUUUUUAUUCAUGAAGGGGUUUUAGUUUGGAUAAAUUUGAUUGUAUUUGUAUGCCAUAAAAGCACCACAUUUUUGGCAUGAAGAACUCAAUUCUUCCAGUAAUCUUACUUUACUACUCCGUUGCCAAAACAAAGGUCUAAAGUUAUUUUCUAUCUCUUCAAUAUUAAUCUCUUCACACACUGUCCUGUCAUUUAAAUAUCACAGAUAUUUUUGAUCGGAUCACGUCUUACCUUUACUUCCUGAAAAGAAAAUAUGAUGAUGUCUUUUGUAGAGCAGCAGAAAUCUUUUCUUAGCUGUUGUAUUUGUCUGGCUGUUGCUUUUUAAGCAGUUCAAGUUAUAGCUCUACUUAAUUAAAAUUAAUUAAAAAUAUUCUGGGCAUCAAAAAGUUUAAUGACAAGAAGAAACUUCAUUUAAAAAAAGAAAAAAAAAAAGGACUAGGUCAACAUAUUGCUUCACUGUUGUCCAGAAAUGGCUUUUAAUUUGAAGAACUGAUUUUUACUAGUGUCCCUUCAAGGUUUUAUAUAAUUACAUCAUUUAAAAAAAUUUUUUGAACUGUAAAUCCUAUUUAAUUGAGCACACAGAUGUUCUUUCAUUUACAUAAUCUCUCUCCCAUUUGUACAUCUCACACACGUACAAAAUAACACACAACAGGCACAUGCCCUUGUAGUGAGAGAAAUUCAAGCUUCCAGGAGAAUGGGGCAUCUCAACAGACAUUACUCCAAUCAUUGAAAUUAUUAAUCUAUAUUUUAAGGAAAAUGAAUUAUGAUCUUUAUAGUAUUUUUUUAGAAAAACGAUUUUAGCACAGGAUUAGGAGGGAUUACAUAAGUAAUGCACAAUUGGCUACAUGCAAUGUAGUUUUUUUUAUUUUGCUUUUCUCUGAAACAUCAGUUAUUGGUUACUUUUGAAUGAGGAAUACCAAAUUUGGCAGGCCAGUGGUAUGAUCAGGUAUGGUAAAUCAUAUGUUCCUAUAAUUAUUUAGAUUAACACUAAUUUUCUUUCUUAUUUUCUAUUGUGAAAUUGUUUGUUCACAUGCAGGUAACAAAUAUUCACAAAUAAAAAGGAAAAACCCUAAUAUUAACAAAUAUAAAAUAAAACUUGAAAUAUAGGCACCUCUUUCAUUGAAAAUAACAGAUUACAGGUUAACAUUUUAUUGGUCAAACUGAACUGCUCGGGGUGUGUAGGUAGGAAGAGGAUGUACAGAUAUACUAAUUCUCAGAUGAGGUUGAUGGUAGUUUCAGCCUGUGCUUUUGUUUGUUCCAUAAUUACAUAGGUGAACAAAGUCUUUGCCAGCUAGUCUAAAGCCCUGUCAACUGUUGUUUCUUACAUAGACACUUUUAAAAUACUGAAACAUGCUUUAUAAACCAUAAAUUAAACAAACUAAAUAAGAAAUUAGUGUCUGAUCAUACUAGGCAUUGAAUGUACUCCCAGUAGGAGUUGAGUGCACUUGACAACUUUCAGAACUAAACCCUCAAAACACCCCUAAGAGAUAUGUAUUUUUAGUUCUGUUUUACAGAUGGGGAAACUGAGGCAGAUAAAUUAGAUGACUUGCUAAAGGCCACAAAAGGAUUCAGUAUCUGUCAAGAUUAGAGCAUGGAAGUGCCUGGGGCCUCAAACCAAGAGACCAAGGGUGAAAUUCUGGCCCCUUUGAAGUCAGUAGCAAAACCCCUGGUGACGUCAAUGGAGGCAGGAUUUCAUCUGAAAUCCAACAAAAGGUUUAGUCUAGUUUCUUGUGUUUUGAGCCCAAGACUAGCAGAAUCAGGAACUUCUGAGUUCUAAUUUCUCUCUGACUUUGUUGCCAAAUAAGACACAUCAUGUACAAUUUUUAAAUUGUUCUAAAUGCAGACAUAGUACACCAGUGAAUAUAUCCCUUAUUCUAAAUAUUUGCUUUUCUUCUGGAAGAGUUACUGGCAUCUUUGCUCAUUUAGCUAAAGCAAAUAAAAAAAUAAAUAAAGCAGUAGUUUGACAUGAACAAAGUUCAGAGUGAUUUUUUUAACCAUGCAGUUUAAUUAACCCCUGAACAAAGUUUAAGCUGAUUUGUAAUCUUCUAUUGGGCUUUGUUUCAUGUAAAGUUGAGAACUUCAGACUCAUUAUUUUUCACAAGGAAAACUGAUUUAGUUAAAAUUCUCUUUGAAUCUUUCAUUUUCAAAUCAGGAUGCAGCAACCUAAAUCCAAAUUAAUUAAAACCUUCCCCAAAAUAUGUUUUAAGAUUGAAAAGGCUUGGAAUACCAUGCGCUAACCAUUACUCAUAUGAGUAGAGCAUUGUUUUCACUGGCUUGCUUCUGUGAGUAAGAAUUAAAGGAGUAAGAGUUUGCAGAAUCAGCCACUAUUUCUUUAUAUUACCCUUUCACUAUAGUAGAGGAUUAUAUUAGGUACAAAAUAUAUAAAUAUAUAUAUAUAUAUAUAUAAUAUAAAAUAUUGAAAUGCAUUUGCUUAUAAUGUGCAAAUUUUGCGCUCAAUUACAGUGGUAAAACUGGAGUAAUUCUACUGAAGGCAGUGGUGUUACUCAGAUUUGCAGUGGUAAACAAAGAAGAAUUUGGCUCCACUUGUUUACAACUUUCAAGGUAACUAGUAAAAUUAAAUAAAUAAAUUGCCCAUAACUCGUUGAAUUUUAAUCUUUCUGCUUAUCUUUCUUUGAACAGAUUGUCUCUUACAGUAUUUGUACUGGAUAAAAUACAAUAUUGUAUCAUGUGUGCCACAAAAUUUCUGAUAAAGCAUUGUUUUA